AUGAUGGAUUUCCAAGUGUCCGUUGCUCCCCCGAGCAAGCCACGUGAGAAUCCGUUCGGCUCUAUUUUCCGUAACAAGAGACAAGCUCUACCGUCAUACUGCCAAUGCACGCCACCAACGGCAAACUGUCCGCCUGGAGCUCCGGGACCUCCCGGACAACCUGGAGCACCUGGACAACCCGGAGCACCUGGGCAGCCCGGAAACGAUGUCACCGCUACCAGCGCUCCCAUCAACUGCCCCAGCCGCACUACCGCUUGCGUUCAAUGCCCACCUGGUCCUCCAGGACCAGCUGGACCAGCGGGAGCACCUGGAAAUGCGGGACCUGACGGAAAGCCAGGUAACUCUGGAUCACCCGGUAAUGCUGGACAAGCCGGACCCGCCGGACCACCCGGGGAUGCCGGAUCCACCGGGAACUCCCGGAUCCGGUGGGGAACCGGACCACCAGGAAGAAGGCGGCACUUCAUCAACAUCCACCCCCGCGCUGGGAAUCCGGGGAAGGUAGGUGGCCCAGGACCAGCAGGUCAGCCUGGAGGACGAGGACCACCUGGACCUGGCGGUCAGCAAGGGAAUCCAGGAGGAACCGCACCCCCAGGGGGCGAUGCCACGUACUGCCCUUGCCCACCUCGUUCGUCUGCUUUGGUUGGACGUCGCGCGCGUGCUCGUCAUUGA